GGGGGGGGGGGGAGAGAGAGAGAGAGAGUGAAGCUUCCCCAUUUUUGCUCUUUUUGGCGCCUCCUUCCUUCCGUUUCCUUGUCGUUUCAGCUCUGCCCCUUCAUCUCCUCUCCCUUCACUGCAUCUGCAGCCCCCUUGGCUUGAAGAGCUUCAGCUUCCAUCUCUCUCUCUCUCUCCAUCCGUUCCUCUCACCCCUUCUCCCUCACAUACAUAUUUAUGCAAUUCAAGACCCCCUGAUAAUCCAUCCCUCUGCAUCUCCGCUUCUACGUCCUCCGCUUCUACGUCCUCCAAUGGCGUCCCAGCAGCAGCUCUCUGCAGUAAAGGGCGCGAAGGUGUUGAUGGUUGGGGCCGGUGGGAUCGGCUGCGAGCUCCUGAAAACCCUAGCCCUCUCCGGCUUCCAGGAUAUCCAUAUCAUUGACAUGGACACCAUAGAAGUGAGUAACCUCAACAGACAGUUUUUAUUUCGCCGAUCACAUGUUGGGCUAUCUAAGGCCAAGGUUGCUCGGGAUGCAGUCCUGAGGUUUAGGCCGAAUAUAAACAUCACCCCGUACCAUGCAAAUGUCAAGGAUCCUGACUUCAACGUAGACUUUUUCAAGAAAUUUAAUGUUGUUUUGAAUGGUCUUGACAACUUGGAUGCGAGGAGACAUGUCAAUCGCUUGUGCUUAGCUGCGGAUGUUCCUCUGGUUGAGAGUGGGACUACUGGGUUCCUUGGACAGGUGACUGUACAUCUGAAAGGAAAGACAGAAUGUUAUGAGUGCCAGCCAAAGCCAGCUCCCAAGACAUAUCCUGUUUGCACAAUCACCAGUACUCCAUCGAAGUUUGUUCAUUGUAUUGUGUGGGCAAAGGAUCUUCUCUUUGCGAAGUUAUUUGGGGAUACGACUCAGGAUAAUGAUUUGAAUGUACGUUCAAGUGAUGCUGCUGGCUCAUCUGAAAAUUCCAAGGAUGUAUUUGAGCGCAGAAAAGAUGAAGAUAUCGAGGAUUAUGGAAGAAGAAUAUUUGAUCAUGUAUUUGGUUAUAACAUUGAGAUGGCCCUGUCUAAUGAAGAUACCUGGAAGAAUCGGAAUCGGCCUAGGCCUAUAUACAGUAAGGAUGCAUUGCCUGAGAAAUCCAUCAAACAGAACGGAAGUGUAGAAAAGAAUGGUUCCACUGAUGAUCCUUCAUCAGUGUCUGCAAUGGCAUCUCUCGGGAUGAGGAGUCCACAAGAUGUCUGGAGCCUCAUGGAAAACUCAAAAGUCUUUCUUGAGGCCCUUAAGCUAUUUUUCACGACAAGGGAAAAGGAGAUUGGAAGUCUGAGUUUUGACAAGGAUGAUCAGUUAGCGGUGGAAUUUGUGACUGCUGCAGCAAAUAUCAGGGCUUCUUCUUUUGGAAUUCCUCUUCACAGUCUCUUUGAAGCUAAAGGCAUAGCAGGAAAUAUUGUUCAUGCUGUUGCAACAACGAAUGCUGUCAUCGCAGGCUUGAUCGUGAUUGAGGCAAUCAAGGUGCUGCAAAAUGACACUAAAAACUACAGGAUGACCUAUUGUCUGGAAUAUCCUACAAAGAAUAUGCUGCUUAUGCCUGUGGAACCAUUUGAGCCGAACAAAUCAUGCUAUGUUUGUUCUGAGACGCCGCUGUCCCUUGAGAUCAACACUUAUCAGUCGAAAUUGCGGGACUUUGUUGAGAAGAUUGUUAAGGCGAAGCUAGGAAUGCAUUCUCCCAUCAUUAUGCAUGGCUCUGCCCUUCUUUAUGAAGUUGGUGAUGAUCUUGAGGAAGAUAUGGUGGCAAAUUAUGCGGCAAACCUUGAGAAGGUGCUCUCGGAGCUUCCUUCUCCAGUUACUGGUGGGACAAUGCUCACAGUUGAGGAUAUGCAGCAAGAGCUUGUUUGCAAUGUCAAUAUAAAGCACAGGGAGGAAUUUGACGAGGAGAAGGAACCUGAUGGGAUGGUACUGGUCGGGUGGUCCCAGCCUUCUUCAACGGAAAAGAAAGAAGAGAAUCACAGAGUCAGCGACGUGGGUACAUCGAACUCAAGCAGACCCAUUGCAGAACUGAACGAGGAUGCAGAGAUCAGUACAAUGGAAGAAACAGAUGUGGUCCCAACAAAGAAAAGGAAACUCUCCACUGCUUCCAAGAAUGCAACCUCACCAUCUAGCUCAAAGGUCCCUGCUGACACCGACAAUCACGGGAAAGUGGAAGAAAUUGAUGAUGAUGAUGAUGAUGAUGAUGUCGUGGUCAUGCUCGAUGGAAACCCAGACAAUACCAAGACGAGGAGGGUGGUGACGAGCAAGAAUCUGUGCGUAUGAUGACAUAUAAGGGGGCUAUAAUUGAUGUCCUAAGUGGGGAUUAUGCGAAGAAUAGGAAACGAAGCGGAUCGGUGAGUUCCUCCUCUCUGAGUAUUUCUUCCUCUUCUUUGCGUCAAUGUGGUCUUGCUUCUUCAAGUCCUCGAGGCACUGAACAUUGGCCAUGCACGUGAACGACCUUGAUUUCCCCAAGUAAUACCUCGACAGGCCUCUCCUGGAUUGGGAAUGUCAACACGAAUCAAACAGGCGUGAACUCGAGCCUCUUGUGCAAUGUUAAGUUGUAAGAGCAUUAUCCCGGUUGGCAAACCGGAAAUAAAAUCGGAAAAAUGGGAAGUUGUAUACGGAACUGAACAAGCGGUGAUUUGCCCUUACUUCCUCGGUAGGUUAUUCCUCCAUUUGGCCA